AUGCAGGAUAGGCCGUGUGAGAAAUGGCAGUCCACUCCAGUAUUCCUGCCUGGAGAAUCUCAUGGACAGAGGAGGCUGGUGGGCUACAGUCCAUGGGGUCGCCAAGAGUCGGACACGACUGAGCGACUAACACACAGGCCGUGUAGGAGCCCCUGUGGAUUGGUGGUGGGGGGCCUUCAUCAGGUUUAUAUGCUAAGAACUCUGGCAGGACUAAGGGGGCCCCACUUAGUCCAUCCUUUGGCUUUUUUUCCCCUCAGCAUAGAAUCUGGCACAGAUGUUCAGAGGUGCUUAUUAGAGGGAAGAGACUAUCCUAACGUUAUUUCUCCCAGUUACCCCGUGCACACGCCUCAGUCUGCUCCAAAGGAACACUUGUACACACUUGGUAUUACCUGUACACAACUUUUGAUUGCACAACUGCCUGGUGGAGUCAGCCUCUUCUUUCCGGCGGAUGGUUCAACCAUUCAUUCUUUCAUCCGGCUUUGA